AUGCCCUUUUUUCACCUGAUGUUAUCACUGUCGAUAAUCAAACUGAGGAUGCAACAAAAGAAGGUAGCAAUUCAGAUAUAUGCAGUGUCUUUCACCAUUCGUAUUGUGUUUGAUUUCAUGUUUAUUGCAUUGAUUUGGAAGUUUGAUUUUGCACCCUUUAUGAUGUUGAUCAUUGCCAUACUAAAUAAUGGUACCAUUAUGACAAUAUCCAAGGAUAGAGUGAAACCAUUCCCACAACUUGAUAGCUGGAAAUUGAGGAGAUAUUUGCUACUGAAACCAGUAGGGAUGAGCUCUAUUAUAAAUUUAUACAUUAGAUUCAUCUAUGAAAAGUUUACAUGUUAUCACCUACUAGUGGAAAUUGUGACCGUAUAUGCUAACUGGAGCUUUGCAAGAAUCAAGGAAAUGGGAUGGGAUUAG